AUGGUUGAGAACGAUAACGAAGCUGUAUAUAUGAGGGUUCAUCUACACUACAAUGGUGUAUUUGUUCCACAUCCUUAUGGAUAUGUUGGUGGGAAUUACUUCCUCUUCACUGAUGUUGAUUGGCUAGGGAUUUGUCCCAUUGUAGAUGAUUUGGAUUUUGCCCAGUUUAUAGAUACCAAAAAUGAAUACGGGGAAAUCUCAAUUUAUGUUGGUCAUAAUGGGAAUGGGUUGGAGGAAUGGUGGGAUGAUGACAUGAAUCUGGUUGUUAAUGAAGAUAAUGAAAGUGGACUUGAAGAUGAUUGUAUACCUAGAAAUGAAGGAAACACUACCCCUGAUGAAACCCAUCCCAAUGUAGGUCUUGAAGAUGAAGUAAUUGACAUUGUCAAAAUACCAUUGAACAAGACGAAUGGGGAUGAGUUUCUUAGGAGGGCAUGUGUUGCAGUGGAGAAUGGUCUUUCUGAGAGCUUAAUUGUAGUAAUUGUGGACGCCAGAAGGAAACCAAUAAUCACUAUGUUGGAGGAGUUGAGGUUAUAUAUCAUGGAGAGGAUGUUUAACUUGAAACACAAGAAAUGGACAAAGGAUGUAAGCCCUAUAAUAAGGAAGUUACUAAAUGGUUUAAAGAUUGAAUCUAGGUACUGGAAAGUGCUCCCAAGUGGACUAAACAAGUUUGAGACAAGAAAUGAAGAUCAAGCUUAUGAUGUGGAUCUUGACAACAGGACAUGUUCUUGUAAGUUUUGGCAACUAAAUGGAUAUGGGUGUGCCCAUUUAGUUGCUACAAUCUUAUUUCUGAAUAAGGAUGUGGACACAUAUAUGGAUCCUAUUUUCAGUAGUUCAAACUACAAUAAAACAUACUUGAAUAAUAUCUUGCCUAUGAAUGGUAGUAACAUGUGGUCAGAGACAUCGUUCACCCUACCCUUACCUCCCCAAAGAAGGAGGAUGCUUGGAAGACCUGCAAAAGAAAAAAAGGAAGAGAGAUGUGACAGAGAAAAUGGGUAA